CGUGAUGCUAUGCUAAACCGCCAAAAUGAUCAACUUAUUGAAUGAUAGAAGCAAGAACCUUAUUGAUGAAAAACUAAAGUGUAGGUAGAUGAUCAACACAUACACAUAUUAACGACUGAAGCUAAAUUCAUGGUGGUUGGUUAGGAAUUCGCCACUUGGGACUCGUUGGUGCAUGACACAUCUGUUAGUCAAAGGGUUGCGGUGUGUGAGAUAUGGAAGAAAACGUGGUUUUGAGUUUGAGGGAGCCUCUCAUGGCACCACCACAACAACACCACCACCCUUCUUCUUCUCUCAUCACUAAAUUAUAUUUUGGUCACUUCUUAGCAAGAUGGGGCACCAGGAUGUGGGAAUUCUCUGUAGGUUUGUAUAUGAUAAAUAUAUGGCCAGACUCAUUGCUCUAUGCAGCCAUAUAUGGUGCUGUUGAAUCUGCCGUUUUGCAAUUGUGGUUGGUGACACAAAACCUCUCUUUUGUUAUCGCUGGCGUCGCGGUGAUCACAUUGCUUGUCUCUUCAUCUUUGAAGUAUACAAAUUUCUUAGUUUUCAUACAGCUGGUUGUGUUAAUCAAUGUCUGUGGAGGCAUUAGUGUGCUUUCCACGCUCGCCGGAACCAUCUUAAUCGAAAGAGACUGGUUGUUGGUUAUAUCAGAAGGUGAACCCCCGGAAUUGCUGACAAAAAUGAAUUCGGUUACAAGGCGCAUCGAUCUAACAUGCAAGCUUCUCGCUCCGGUUAUAACCGGCUUCAUAAUAAGUUUCUUGUCUCUCAAGGCAUCGGCUAUAACUCUAGCACUCUGGAACACUGUAUCUGUUUGGGUGGAGUACUGGCUUUUCAGUUCUGUAUACAAUGGAAUUCCAGCUUUGAAACAAAGUAACCAAAGAAGGGUGGCAAAGAUUUUACAAAGUGAUGAUGAGGAAAGGAAUGAAAUAACUUUGGAAGGUAACUCACCACAAGUGGAUGAUAGAUCAAGAAGCAAAAGUUUUUGUGAGUGGAUCUCAGAGAUACCUUAUGUUGUUGCAUGGAGAGUUUAUUUGCAGCAAGAAGUUGUCAUUCCUGGAAUAGCUCUGGCUUUGUUGUUUUUCACUGUGCUAAGCUUUGGAACUUUGAUGACAGCCACAUUAGAAUGGGAAGGCAUACCUGCAUAUAUCAUUGGAAUUGGAAGAGGAAUAAGUGCUGUAAUUGGAAUUGGUGCAACAGUUGCAUAUCCUGUGCUACAAUCUCAGAUAUCAACUAUCAGAACUGGACUUUGGUCUAUCUGGUCUCAGUGGACCUGCCUCUUACCAUGUGUAGCUGCCAUAUGGAUACAUAGUGGAAAUAUAUCAUCAUAUACUUUGAUGGCAAGUGUGGCUUUAUCUAGGCUUGGGUUGUGGAUGUUUGACUUAUCUGUACUUCAACAAAUGCAGGACCUUGUUCCUGAAUCAGAUCGUUUGGUGGUUGGAGGAGUUCAGAGUUCACUUCAAGCUGUCAUGGAUUUAUUGGCUUAUAUUAUGGGAAUCAUAAUAUCCGAUCCCCGGGACUUUUGGAAAUUGACUUUAUUGUCAUUUUUGGCUGUCACAUUGGCUGCUCUCUUCUACUGCGUCCACGUGUAUCGUGUGCGCCAGCAUUUGUUUCACUUCGAUCGGAUACUGUGGGUUAAAUAUUUCAUAAGAGUAGCAUCUUAAGGAGUUAUUUCAUAACUCUUUCAAAACAGAGAUAUGAAGAUAUUAGAAGAUACAAAUUGUUUAGAGAAAGAGACAGAUAUAAAUAUGAAACAGACAAAAUAUAUUUGUUCCGUGAUAAAAUUUGUCUAAUUUUCUAUCCGUUAAAAUUAACGCAGAAAAAUAGAUGUAAUUUUUCUUUUGUUUGUUUCUUUCUUUGGACAUUUAUUAAAUAUAAUCUAAAUGAGUUAAUAUUUUGUGUA